AUGCGACGCGUCGAGCAUGUGCCGCACGCAUUCCAAGCACCGGUGGAUGUCCACGCCAGUGCAGAUGGCCAGGUGUACAUGUUCAAGAGGAAAGCCAAUGGCACGGCUGCAUCGUCAGAUGACGAGGAGGAGCUCGGUCUGAUGGAAAUGAGACCUAGGAUACUCCAAGAGACAGAGCAGGACAGGAUGGCUAAUUUCCACUUUUUGGAACGGGACUUACUGGACGACGACAAUCUCAACAAGCUGGCUUUGCAAUACGGAUGUAAGGUGGCAGACAUAAAGCGAGCGAACAACCUUAUACAGGAGCAGGAUUUAUUUGCACUGAAAAGCAUCAAAAUUCCAGUUCCGAAGCACAGCUUUUUAAUGGAAUCAAUCACAGAUAUGAGUGACUCCUUAGAGGAAACACCAGUCAAGGUACAGCCGCAUAGAAAACAAGUUAUGGACUUCCUCAUUGAAGUGGACAACGACACGGAGAAGCUGAUCCCUCCCACAGAUGACUGCGACGUGGACCUGUUGGACGUUGGACCCAAAGGGUCCACCCUCAAAGGACACAAGGGCCAGGGAGCAGACUGGGGCAUCCAGUGGUGGAACGCCGUGGUGGCCAUGCUGCUUAUAGGAAUUGUCCUGCCCUUGUUUUACGUCAUUUACUUCAAAACCAAACACAGCGGAGGGGCCGCGUCAGAGGAUGGCACAGUCACGUCGUCCUUUGUCACGUCUAACAACACCUUUGGUACCGGUGGACCUGAGCCAGGAUAG